AUGGCUCACGCACCAAAGAGCCCGAUGCACUGGCCUAGCUUUCCUGACAUCCCAAUCUAUCUUGAUACUGGGAACAAUGGACGCAACAUAUCAAACACAUACGGAACAACACCGACAACACCGACAACACCUGAGGUCGUCACGAGAAACCGUCCUACGUAUCUGAGUCCGGCACAUGCAACUGCAGCACCGAUUAGUCCUGUCGAGCCGAGUCCAACAACAACCAUAGAAACAUCAAGCCAACGGUCCGUGGUCUGGCCGAUCCCUGAGCCUCCACCUGAGGUUGUACAACAGCAGCAGACGCGUCGUCCGCUGCUACGAUUCUUUCCGACAGACCGCCCAAGGGUUCGGCUUGAUGGGUUCGCUGCAAGCACACCAAUGCCGUACGACCCUGAGAGGGCCGAGAAGGCCACUUACAAGCAUGAGAACACCCUCAAACUCGAUACCGGGCUUGGCAUCCAGAAUGGCCCUCCUAACGCGCCUUCAAUACGGAUACAGCCCCCACCUUUCGAGAACGAAAAGUCUGAACCAGCUCCAAACAUCGCACAACGAAUCGAAGAAAGGCUCUGGCGAUGGAAUGCAUCCGGAAACGUCAUGGAGCGUUGGAUGCUGGAGAUCAUCAGUUGGCUUAUCAGUGCCAUAUGCAUGGGAGCCAUCGUCGCUGUCCUUAUCGUACUCAGGGACCAGCCCGCAUCGAAAUGGCCAUUUGAUAGCAUCGGCUUUACCUUGAACGCUUUUGUCUCAAUCCUUUCUCGGAUCGCUGGUGCUGCACUUCUUCUCCCAGUCGCCGAAGCCUUGGGCCAGCUGAAGUGGAGCUGGUUCAUCAAAGGCAAUUCAAAGAAGAUGUGGGACUUUGAGAUGUUUGACAAUGCGUCGAGAGGUCCAUGGGGUGCAUUCCUACUUCUUAUUCACACUCGGGGAAAAACCAUUGCAGCCCUAGGAGCCCUUGUUACGAUCUUUUGUCUUGCUCUAGACCCGUUCUUUCAACAGGUUGUGGCCUUUCCUGAGCGUUGGACGUUGCAAAACGAAACUAGCUCCAUACCAAGAGUCAUUCGGUAUGAACCACACUAUCCUGUGGAGUUCGUAAACGGAGAAGAGAAUACGCAAUACGACCAGGAUAUCCUGGCGGUUGCAGACACUUUCUUUCUUGGUAACGGAACCCAACAGCAGCUGUAUGGCAAUGGCACUCGCCCCGACAUUCCGCUCUCUUGCCCAACGAGCAGAUGUACAUGGCCAUCGUAUGAGACACUAGGAAUGUGCAGUCAAUGUGUCGAGGUUCCGCAGCUCCUUACUUUCAAGUGCAUGUACACACGUGUCGACUGGACAUCUGAGCUCAAUACGACGGUUUCCUCGUAUCCUAAUGCUACAGUAUGCGGUCACUUCCUGAAUGCUACGUCUGAAGCCCCAGUACUCAUGUCAGGAUAUAUGGUUGACGACAACGGAAAGCCUUUUGGUGAGGCUUUGCUGAUGCGAACCCUACCGCUUAUAACAAAUCCGCUACGAGCGCCGCUCUGGGGUGGAUCAAUCAACUUCAAGCACAUCCGGAAUCCACUUGAAAACGUUCUGAUUUCCAGCAGUAGUAGUCGAUCUCAAGUCUUCGCCAACAAAAUGCCUACGCUCCACGAAUGUGUGGUCUCAUGGUGUGUAAAGACUAUGGACUCCUCGUACCUAUCGGGAAUGUACCAGGAAAAUGUUACCUCGACCUUCUACAAUGACACUGUCGACGGAUCUCCAUGGAUCACUGAGUUUGAUCCAACCGACGGAGGUACAUGGUAUGACUAUAUCGAGAACGUUACCAUUUCUGCACCUUCCACUAGUGCAAACAUGAGCGAGUAUGGCUGGGGUGUCAACAACCUUACAAUGAUCUUCACCAUUAUGGUUUUCGAUCGCAUUUUCCCUGCUUUCACAACAGCUAAAGACGACACGAGCACACCGCUACUUAGAUGGAGAACUGGUUCCCCAACCGAAGUUCGAACCAGAGUACCCGAUUUCAACCCAUGGCUGUCAUCAAACAACAUUACGAACCACAUGGAGAGAUUGGUGAAUUCUAUUACCAAUGCAAUCCGAUCAUCUUCAAGUCAUGAUAUGAUCUCUGGUCAAGCCUUUGAAAACGAAAUAUACGUUUCAGUGCGUUGGGCAUGGCUGUCCCUCCCGUUUGGACUGCUUCUGGUCAGUUUCGUUUUCCUGUUAGCAACGGUGAUCAAAUCUGGAUCAGAGAAGGAGGUGGGAAUCAGGAAAAACUCGGCCAUUGCAACGCUACUUUAUGGACUUCCCGAUCAUUACCAAAAGCGCCUCGCAAAGCCCGACCCUAAGAUGACUCCAAGAGCGAAAGCGAAAGAUUUGAAAGUAAAAUUAUCGCCGACUACAGGGUGGAGGGUAUCGGGCAAUGUGUUUACCCCAGUGACACCAACAAUCCCGAGGAAUCUCCCACCGCCAGGGUGGAUAUGA